AUGUCACUUAGAUAUGAAUGGGAGAAGUUACUUAUAGUGGUAUUGCUGGUGAUAGUGCUAUGUGAUUCAACCACAGCUUAUUCACCUUUUAAUUCUUCAUUUACUCCAGAUCAUAUUCGAUAUCUCCAACAAGAAACCAAAGAACUAUAUGAUCAUGCUUGGAGUUCUUAUAUGACAUAUGGAUUCCCAGCUGAUGAAGUCACACCCAUUACAUGUCAACCAUUAGGUCCAGAUUAUACCAAUGCCCUUAACACUCAUAGAAAUGAUGCUAUGGCCAAUGUGUCUUUAACAGUAUUAGAUAAUCUUGAUACUUUAAUCAUAAUGCAAGAUUGGGAUUCUUUGGAAUUCAUAUUAGAAUACAUGAAACUGAAUCAACAAGGCUGGUUUGAACAAGAUACAAUCGUACAAGUAUUCGAAAUGACAAUACGAUCCCUUGGUGGACUCUUAUCAGCACAUUUGUUAUUAACAGACAUCAACCUCACCCUACUUCCAUCACCAGCCUAUGACCGAUUCAAAGAAAUCUGUCAAUCAUACGAUGGUUUCUUAUUACACAUGGCCCACGAUCUUGGACUCCGUCUUAUCCCCUCCUACAAAACCACCACCAACAUCCCCAUGCCUAGAAUCAAUCUCGCCAAGGGACUCAGCAAAAUCCCAUCACAUUUACAAAUAGGUGCAUGCACCGCCGGUGCCACCACCCCAAUAUUAGAAUUCACAUUAUUAUCCCGUCUAACAGGAGACUAUCAAUUCGAAUACUAUACCCAAUUAACAUUCUGGAAACUAUGGUCUUCAAAACUGGUCCUACAUCUAUUACCAAUGUCAAUCAAUACGAUUAAAAAUGAAUGGGCGGAUGCCAUAACUGGGGUUGGAGCCUCCAUUGAUUCGUUUUAUGAAUAUGCUGCCAAGGGGGCUAUAUUGUUUAAUGAUGAUUAUAUGUGGGAAGUCUUCAAGGUUUCAUAUCGGGCCUUAUUGACCCAUUCUGCCGAAGGAGGUGGGGAAUUUGAUGGAACGAUGAUUUUCUCCAAUGUGAAUACUGAAGAAGGAGCUCUGUUUGGAGAUUGGAUUGAUUCUUUGGGGGCAUUUUGGCCCGGGUUGCAGGUGUUGACUGGACAGGUUAAGGAUGCUAUAAAGACUCAUGCGGUAUAUUUGAAGAUUUGGGAUUAUUUUGAUCUGAUACCUGAGAGGUGGGUUUUCCGGUAUUAUAAUCCGAGAAAGAAGUUUAAUAAACUGGAAGAUGCAAUUGAGUUGCAAUGGUAUGCAUUAAGACCGGAAUUUAUUGAGUCGACUUAUUACUUAUAUAGGGCGACUAGAGAUCCUAUGUAUUUACAGAUUGGUGAGCGGGUUUUGAACUUGUUUAGAGAUAGAUAUAUGACAGAAUGUGGGUUUAGUGGGUUGCAAGAUGUUACAACUGGACUGAGACAAGAUAGAAUGGAAACUUUUGUUAUUGGUGAACUGAUUAAAUAUUUAUAUUUAUUAUUUGAUACUAAAGAUGAACUUUUCUUACAUGAUCCCAAGAUUAUGAAUAAUAAGAAUUGGAUAUUUUCAACUGAAGCUCAUCCAUUAUGGUUAAAUAAGGAUUUAGACCUACUUGGAAUCUUCAAAAACUCAUCAAUCCUAAACGAUGAUAAUCUAAUGCAGAAAAAUUUAUACGAAAAAUUCAUCAUCAACAAUUCAACAAUCAGCCAAACAAGUAAAGAUCUAAUCAAUGCCCCUGUAUCCACCUUCUUAAGAAACCUAACCCUAGUCAAACGUGGCAAUUCACCUAUUCCCGGAGUCCCCACCUAUAUCCAUAAACGAGACCCCCUCGAAACCCGAUUUGAUCAUUGUGAACUCAACCCAUGGCACACCUACCCUGACUCCUUCCUUGAAUCAAAUUAUUAUAAAUGGGACCACCUAUUCUCGGCCGAUUAUCUCUACAACAAAUCCUUAAUCAAACCAAAAUAUCUCUCCAAACUGAAUUUAGACGGCAGUUAUAUCGAGCUCACAAAACCGUUCUAUGACAAAUUCACCAUGUUUAAUCAUAAGCAUAAACAAUUGUAUCUCCAAUGUCCAAGACCAGCGACUACGCGACAAUAUGAUGUAUUUUGGUUAGAUAUUAAAGAAUGUAAUCAAAUUGAAGUAUCGGAGAUAUACUUCGAUAAAACGCCAGUGGAUGAUGAUGAUGAUGUGUUGAUGAUAUCGGGAGAUCUUUGGGCUCCGGAGUUCAGAUCUCUAAAAAUCCUGUUUGAAGAACUCAUGCCGGGACAAAUUGAUACUCGAAACAGAUUGAUCUCACAAGAAUAUAUCGAUUCGGUUGAAAAUCCAACUAAUAAGGAUAAUGGGGUUUGCGAUACUGCUACAAAGGGGUUGUUGAGGAUACUUAGGAUUAACGGAGUGUAUGUUAAGGCAGGGGUAAUGAUAUGGACUAAACCGUUUGAAGUUUCGGAGCAGUCGUUUAUAAGUAUACAAGAAGAUUCUCGGGUUGUUAUUAACGGACAAGUGGUUGAGAAUUUGAUGGUUUGGCCGGGAGUAUAG